AUGGUCUGUAAACCAUGUCUCGAAAAGGGUCGUGAAGCCAUAGAUCGCAACCUCAACCCAUAUUAUAACCCCGAUGAUGACACCAUUCGUGCCCCUCUCAAUCCAAACCCACUUGAUUCUGCUGAUGAUAAUGACUCAAAUGCCACUUCUAGUGUCCCCAUAGAAAUGGUCUGUAAACCAUGUCUCGAAAAGGGUCGUGAAGCCAUAGAUCGCAACCUCAACCCAUAUUAUAACCCCGAUGAUGACACCAUUCGUGCCCCUCUCAAUCCAAACCCACUUGAUUCUGCUGAUGAUAAUGACUCAAAUGCCACUUCUAGUGUCGUCAAAGCUCUCUAA